AAUUAGAUCGUCGAUCAAUCACCAUCGUCGAAUCUUUUGCUAAGACCUCGAAUCCGAGACAAUCCCAAGUCAUUGAGUUGAAAAAUGGUGUUGAUCGAAAGCGAAAGCGAUGAUGAAAUCUCCGUCACAGAAGUACCAAAUCCAUCGGCUUCUUCCUCGUCGCCUCCCAAAACAACUGAUGCGAAAAUCGUCGGCGGAGAUGACUCCGACGGGUUCGAAACCGCCAGCGAACGUGGAGUCAGCGAUUACGAAGAAGAUGAGGAAGAAGGUGAUAGGAAACAAGACGCGGUAGAGAAUCAGGAGCCACAGCCGUCGGAUAGCCCUGAGAAGAAGGAAGAUCAGGUCGAGGCCGUUACCGAUGUUAAAUCAAAUCAGGAGAAAGCGUUGGAAGAUGCAAAUGAAGCUAAAAAGGAAGGAAACAAGCUGUUUGGAGAUGGUCUUUACGAAGAUGCAUUGUCAAAGUAUGAGCUUGCGUUACAGUUUGCUCAGGAGUUUCCUGAAUCGUUGGACCUUCGAUCUAUCUGCCAUUCAAACAGAGCUAUAUGUUAUCUCAAAUUGGGUAAAUAUGCAGAAGCAAUCAAGGAAAGCACAAAAGCGAUAGAGCUGAAUCCGAGCUACACUAAAGCAUUGGUUCGUCGUGCAGAAGCUCAUGAGAAGCUUGAACAUUUUGAAGACGCCCUCACUGACUUGAAGAAGAUAUUAGAACUGGAUCCUUCAAAUGGUCAGGCUAGGAAAUCGAUUCGGCGUUUGGAACCAUUGGCGGCUGAAAAGCAAGAAAAGAUGAAAGAAGAAGCCAUAGCAAAGUUGAAGGAGAUGGGAAACUCGAUAUUGGGAAAAUUUGGGAUGAGUGUAGACAACUUCAAGGCUGUUAAAGAUCCAAACACUGGCUCUUACUCUUUUUCUUUCCAAAACUAGUCAACCACAUUCCUCAUGGUUUUGCAUCAACCAUUUUCUUAUGUUCAUCGUGGUGAUAUCAGUACGUUUAUUGUCGAUGAAUUUGUACUGGAAAGUAGAAGAUUCGUUUGUUUUCAUGGCUUCAUAUAAUUUCUGUAAAUUCUUUGUGACAA